AUGCCAAAAAAUUAUUAAAUUGGUGCAAUUAAUUAUGAAGACAUCAAAUUUGAUACUGAAGAUGAAUAAUUUUUCAAUUUUCAAUUUGAAGCACCUUAAAGAUGGUUAUCAGACAAUCCAUGUAUAAAUGACUUUUGGUUUAAAAUUCCUCAUUUGGUCCAUAAGAAAGUAAUCUCAAAUUAUCCAACAAUAAGGAGAUGUCUUUCAGUCGGUAAAAAGACGAUAAUUGAAUUGAAGAAAUAAAAUCAAUAUAAGUAUUUCUUGAAAUAUGUUGUGGAGAAGAAGAAAUGUUCAGAUUAUAUCGAAAGUACAAUAAAGAAAUGA